AUGGCCAUCGUGGAAGGGUGGCUUCCUCCCACGCGGGAGAACUGGCAGCUUCUCUCGACGGUGUGGCAGAUUUCCUACCCGAUCAUCGGCUCGAUGCAGUACCUCAUCUCGUGGUACGGCAUGGGCAAGACGUCCGUCGUCAGCAGGCUCAACAUACCCGGGCGCGUCGCGUGGUUCCUGAUGGAGGCGCCGGGGUUCACGACGUUGUUGUACAUCAUGUUCACGCUGCCGGGGAAGAUGGGCGUUGAGGAUCUGCCGUGGCAGAACAAAGUCCUCGCUGGGCUGUUUGUUAUACACUACUGCUACCGCGCCGUGCUCUACCCCCUCAUCCAACCCUCCAUGUCGCCCAUCCACCCGGCCGUCGCCUUCUCUGCGCUGGGCUUCCAGCUGUGCAAUGCCACCUGCAUCGGCGGCUGGCUCGCCGCCUACGGCCCCACCACCCCGGCGGCGUGGGAGCGCCAGCUCGGCGCGUUCGGGGUCGCGCAGUUCGUGGCCGGAAUCGGGCUGUUCUACGUCGGGCUCGUGGGGAACUACUUCCACGACGAGGAGCUGCGGGAGAUCCGCCGCGCGGAGAUGCGGCGGCAGGAGCGCAUUGUCAAGGAGCAGAGGGCCAAGGGGUUGGAGGGGAAGGUGAGCGUGGACAAGCACUACCGGCUUCCCGACGCGCUGCUGUUCCGGUACGUGCUGUUCCCGCAUUACUUCCUCGAGUGGGUGGAGUGGUUUGGGUGGUGGAUGGCGAGCGGGUGGGGGGUGCCCGGGCGGGCGUUCUUUGUGAACGAGGUGACGGCGAUGUUGCCGCGGGCGAGGAGCGGGAGGGGAUGGUAUGUGGAGAGGUUUGGGGAGGAGAAGGUUGGGAAGAGGUGGGUUAUUGUGCCGGGUGUUUAUUGA